AUGAAGCGCUGCGGCCGCAUGUUUUCUCUCCUAUAUCGGUUUUUUUUGUUCGGAGGCUGGUUUUACAGCUUAACAGCUGCAAACCAUGAUGGCUGUCGACGUCUCAAGUUUCUGGAGCCAAUAGAUGGAUAUGCAUUGAUAGGCCACGUCUUUAAAAACAUUUCAUUAUCAGUCGGAAUACAUAUGUAUAGUCACUGCAGAAAUUGGUGUACUAUUGAAGACAGAUGUACAUCGAUUAACAUGGUACCAAGGGAAAAAGAUGAAAUGAUAUGCCAGCUGAGUGACUCGGACCAACUACAACACCCAAAUGAUCUGAAACCGACGGCAGGCUUAAUGUAUAGAGGCACGGAGAAUAAGUGCUACCUCAACAAGUGCUACAACAACGCAACUUGCCUGGUUGGAUUUACGGACAAGGGAUAUAAGUGUAUAUGUCCACCUGGAUACACAGGAGAACAUUGCGAAGAUGUCGACGAAUGCCAAAAUGAUAUCCAUGAGUGCAUCAAGGAUGUGGCAACAUGUGUAAAUCAACUUGGAUCCUACUAUUGCAUUUGUAACCAUGGAUACACGGGGGACGGAAAAACCAAUUGCAUACCUGAAGAAUGUCGAAGAUACACAAAAUUGACGGACAAGACCAGGAAAAACACGUACGUCACCAAAAACAAAAAAUGCGACAAACACCUUGGUCCUGGCUGGUUUCGUUUCCAAGGAGAUGCGGGAACCAAGAUGCCGACUAAAUGUCAACCCUUGUCGAGAUGUGAUGCGUAUAAAACAGGUUGGCUGCGCGGCACUCAUCCAUCAGUGGCUGAAGGCGCAGAUGUGAAUAAAGGUGAGGAUAAUGAUGGAGGAGGGGAUGAAGACAAGGUUGAGAAGGAGCAUAAGGAUGGAGAUAAGGAUGGGGAUGAUUUUCGGGAAUGA